AUGAUGAAGCAUAAGUCAGGCCUACAUCAUAAUCAUUCGAAUUCUCGAAGGAAACAUCCUAAACGAUGUACUUUAAUUAUAUAUCAUAUUAGUUUAGGAUUAAUAUUGAUUGGAAUUAUACUUACAAUUAUUGGAUUAACAACACAAAGAUUAUUUCAUAUUUAUAUUUAUGAUCAUCGUAAUCCAGCGAGAUUUCAUCAUUUACAUAUACCAAUUGGUUUAUUUUCAAUGAGUACACAUAUUACAUGGUUAUCAAUGGAAAAAUCAAUUUUAUCUGAAAAUCUUGAAAUAAAUGAUCUUCGUUGGACAUUGGCUAGAAUAAUGAGUUUAAUAGGCUUAUUGACAGCAAUUACAUCGUUUAUAAUUCAUAUAAUUCUAGCAUAUUUUCAAACAAAUCGUAAAUGGUUAAAUGUUCUAGCUGAAGUUGUAUUUCUUCUGAUAGCUGUUGCAUGUGUAUUGGUUGGAUUAAGUUUAGCUGAAGCAGAAAUUGAAUAUAUUCAUGAUCAUGGUGAUAUGAUUCUAACAAAAAUAAAAAAUAAUAAUCAAUUAAUGAUCAACAGAGAUAGUACUGGUGGUAAUUUCAAUCCGGAAGAUAAUAUUGCUAUCAAUGGUCUUAGUAGUAGUAGCAGUAGUGGUAGUGGUAGUAGUGGCAGUAGUAGUAGUACAGACAAUGAUCGUUUAGGUUUAUCUGGUGAAUUUGCCUUAUUACUUACUCCACCAUUAUCAAGUUUUUUCUUAUUAAUUUCAGCUGAUUUUAUUUAUUUAUUAAGUUUUCUUGCAGUACUUAUCUAUUUUGUACGUUUAUGUGAAAAAGCUGAAGCAGAUAGAAAACAAAUGAAAUGCGCUGAAACAACAAGUUCUGUUUAA